GAAUGAAGUUAACUACAAGUUGCUAACAGGAACGAGAAAGGAGCUUUUGGUUGGCAGAAAUGCAAAUAUUUUGAUCAGACAGUCACCCUUGUGAACCCCAACUUGUACUCUGCUAGAUCUCUUGUUGAUUAUCCCUGUCCUCCUACCCCUGUCCACUUCUUGCAGCAGCUCCCUCAUGUUGGUGGGGUUGGCCUGGAAGCAGUUAAAGGGAUUCCUAUUCCAGUGCACACAAAGGGAUAGAAACAAAGACAAAAGCCUUAUCAACAUAAGAAAUCGGAAAGUAAGCUGACCUUGUUUCAUCUAGUCUUCUAGAUGGUUGUGCAUGUUUAUUGUCACUGCUAACUGCUUUCUGGUUUCAUUCUAGCUGUAUGGAGCAUUCAUCUUAUGAGAAAAUGUUUUGGCUUGUUUGGCCUGUUCUUUUUGGGAAAUCCCAUGGAACUGUGAGUUUACAGUGGAUGCAGUGAGUUCUUUAAUUUCUGCUCUUUCUCGUGUUUUGUAAUGCAGGUCAGAAUAACAAAUGGGACUUCUUCUCUUUAUGCACUUUGCGGCUCAUGGUUGAGAAAUAGUUUUCCUGAGGAAAGCCAGCCACAAUAUGGAGAUAUUGCAAAAUCUCUCCCACAACCUUUACCUAUGCCAGUGACAGAUAACCUGCCAAACAAAAGGGAAGGAGUAGAACAGGAAGAGGGGGUUGGUUUUCCUAGUUUUGCUGUUCUUAUACGUGUGAAGUUGUUCUAGGUUUCUUCUGCUGGAUUUCAAUUUUGUCAGCUUUUAUUUUUUGCUUGAAUACCACACGGAAAAUAGGCAGAACCCUCAAACCGCCUCUUAAAAAAGAUGGGUGGGUAUGGAUCCACCCUCACAAAAAUGAAGGGACAUUUGGCCCCCAAAAAUUAUCGACUGAUCCAAAUUACCAAUUAUUUAAUUGCUGACGUCAUCACUGUCAUGAUCUCCGUUUAGCCCGUGCCAACGUGUCAUUUUUUUACACGUUGGAAGCUGAUGUGUACCAAUCUCACUCUUUUUUAAACACUGUGUCACCUUUUAUUCCCCUUUCCUUGUCUGGAUCCCAUUUAGCCCUAAAAAGGAAGAAGGAAAACCUAAGUCUUUGCUCAGAUUUGUAGCGAAAAAUCAAAGACUCAUUUCUUAAAGAAAUCUUUGGAUUGAAUUCACUUUUGAGUAUGGGACGAGAGUUGGUUCAACUCUUUCUGGCGAAUCUCAAGAAAAUACUGAAGCUUUUAGGACCCUUGCACACUUAGUGUUGCUGUUGGUGGUGGGGUUCAAGGUGAAGGACAUAGUAAAAGGCAUUAUUAAUGCAAAGGUAAAGGUAUUACCAUUGAUAGUGCAUAGCUAUUGUGUAAGGCAUCUCUACUGCAAUCUUGCAAGUCGAAAUAGAGAUGAUAACACCAAGCUUUGCAUUUUGGUUGGCAUGUAGGGCAACCAAUGAGUUCGACAAAAUGGAUGCUUUGAGGGCAUUGUCUGAGGAAGCUUAUGCUGAACUGAAUGAACUGCUUGGUAAUUUAUGGUGCAAAGCUUUUUUUGAUGAGUAUUAUAAGUUUGAUAUGGUUGAUAAUAAUAUAUGUGAGACUUUUAA